GAGUGUGGAGGUGUGGAGAUGAAGUCGUCAUCCAGCUCUUAAACAUUGGGCUAUAGGCUCUUUGGGCUUCAUGUGAGCAUCUCCUGUAUAAAUCCUCACGCGUGUGUGGACUGGACACACAGAUCCAGAACCGGUGGACCCGACUGACCCACAUCUCGGUCUCAACCUGCAGGAGAUGUCCCCGAUGAGUGAGUGGAGCAUUAGCUGCUAACAGCUAAAAGCUAAAAACUGUAGCCGUGUCUGGUCCGAGCCUCUCCGGGGCCCCGGUCCACCAGCAGCCGUAACCCAGUAGUACCACAGAGUCAAAGACCGAGCCCUGGGAGGCGGGCUGGUCCUUUACGUGUAGACACUACCAGUAGCUCGGUGCUAGGAGAUGCUAGCUGUGGGUGGUCUCAUAUCGGAUGGAGAAGAAAUUCACGACAAUCAUCCCACUGGCUGAUCUUGAAAAUUCAGCUACUAUGCCUUCUGUUGGACUGCUUCUUUAAAAAGUGGUAGCCAUGGCUUCUUGCAAGGUAGACAAGCUACCCGGUGACAUCAAGGACUUUGCCACAGUCUCCGAAUCACUUUCGCGAUGUAGCCGCGGUGACAUCACAGAGGAGCUUCAUUCAGACAUGCUGAAUGCUGCAGUGAAGUCUCAAAAACCUGGAAAAUUCAGGACUGCCCUGACGUUUUUCGGAGUGCGUAGAAAUAUCUGUAUUUUACCCAGUUUUUUUGGAGGACGGAGUAAAAAUCAGAACAAGGGCUCCUCUAAGAAAGGAAUCACCAAAAGCAAAACGCACGAUGGGCUGAGUAAGGUGUGUCACGAUGACUGCCUGAGUGGAAAGUACUGCUCAGCUGGAGACACUGAAUACCACAGCCAGAGGGACUCUUCAGGAGAGCUCAACACGUGCUGUCACAAUGAAUGUAGCCACCCCACUGCUGACCAGAAGUCACUGACACUCGGUCGACAGAGGAAAGGUUUGAGGAGUCUUUUUAACAGCUUUAAGCAUCACAGAAACCACAGAAAUGGGGAGGUGGAUAAAACCGAAAUGAUUGCAAUGUCUACUCCCCGCUGCAAGAGGGAGGUGCCUGUUGUCCAUGAUAACGCCAACGAGUAUGUCACAGAGUGCCUGGGAUCUGAACCGGAUGUGCCUGAUUUUGAAGAUGUCAUACGCGAAGUUUCCAUUGGUGCUGAGUGUAGCGGUGCCGUCACGGUUGCACUAGAGAAGAGUGUAGAGCAAGAUAGCCCAGAGGUUGAGCUCGAUGAUCAGAUGUGUGAUGUUCAAAUGGAGGAGAUGGAUUCGAUGGCUGUGGUUUCCAGUGAUUGUAAGGAGACUUCUCGGGGACACAACGAGCCUCGCCUAAAAGUCCAGACGAAGUCAGAACCUGCCUUGAAGUCCGAAGCGCCCACUGGCUCAUCGGAUCAACUAAACUUGAUGUUUGGAGACGUUGCAUCAUUGAAGAGCUUCGACUCACUCACAGGCUGCGGGGACAUUAUUGCAGAUCAGGAAGAAGACAGCAUGUCGGAGAGCACAGUUUCAGGAGAGAGGAGCCGGAAUGGAGGGAAGAGGGCCUCCUGCUAUCUUACAUAUCAGGGUGGCGGUGAAGAAAUGGCCUCACCUGAAGAUUUGGAUGAAGAGUGUCUUCAAGACUUCUGGGGAAAUAAGGGUUUAGAAAAAAUCUGCUGCGCUUGCAACGAAGACCACACAGAUAUGACUGAGCUGACGAGUUCUCACAAUAUGGACUUAUUGAACAGUAACAGCGCACAGCAAGCCAGCGGCAUGGACACUUCUUCAUUGGCUGAUGUGUUGACUCCGCAAAGUGAGCAUCAAGAAUCAGUUCCAACCAGUGAUGAGGGCUACUAUGAUUCAACGACCCCGGGGCCAGAGGAAGGUCAAGAAAAAGCUGACAGACUGCAGACAGACAGAUUACCCAGGGACAGUUACAGCGGAGAUGCCCUCUACGAACUUUUUGCACCCGAUGAGAGCCUCAUCAGUCCACAUUAUGAGAGCAAAUCAAAGCUUCCCGGUUCAAAACAGUGCGAGUAUUUAAGUGAGCCAGUCGACGUGACGGAUUCAGUCUUUGUUCCAGACAUGGAUCGAUUACAAAUGGGCGCUGAACGGUAUGAAGUUCACAGUUUUCAUGAGAGCAGUAAAUCCUCAGAGUUGACACAAAACAUGGUUGGGCGGCAGGAAAUCAGCUUGAAUAAAGACUGUAGUUUGAAUUCAAAGCUACAAGCGUCAGGCGGCAGGCACAAUAUAGAAGCCAAUGUGUUUGAUGAGAAAGGAAAUACACUGGUUUCAGCUGAAAAAAGAACAAAAUCCAUCAAAGCAGACUGUGAGCAAAGGCACAGCAGCGUAUCGUUUGGCAGCACAUCUGACCCCGACUUUGAAACAUUCUGUGAACCCAAAGAGCAGCAUCUUGAGGAAAACAAGCCUGUGGCUCUGCCGUACAAAAGCAUCAGCUCCCAGUCUCUGGAUUCCAUCAACGAUUUGGACGAUGGGCAAACUGUGUGUUUCUCACAAGCACUCGUUGACUACACAAAAAACUCUCAGAUGCUGGGCAACUUGCACAACAGCGUGGAUGAUAUGCAGACGAACACUGCCUUCACUCCCAACAUGGAGGCCCUACCCACCAUAGUCACGUUUGAUGUAGUGGAUAUGCACAACGAGGGUGAGUACGACGAGCAGAUUCACAUGGAGCUGGAGGAGGACCUUUCAUCGCCCUAUCAGGACUUUGAAGAAAGCUACCUUCAAAAAGACGCUUUUGCAGAGUUCGACUAUCAAAUGUUAGACCUGUACGAACAGAACCUGAUCAGUAACACAUGGGCUGUUGCUAGUCUCCCACGGCACCUAGGCCUUACAAGAGUCAGCCAGUCCAUGGCUAAUCCGCUGUCUCUAGACAGGAAAAGUAGAUCUCUAGACACAGAGGGCCUUGAGUUGAAAAUGCCCGACUCACAUGGAGAGGAAAGAGACACUAUUGUUUCUUGCCAGCAGACUGAAAAGGAGCCUAGAAGAGACUCCUCACCACAUUACAAAAAGAAUGUACAUGUGUCUGCAUCAGAUGUUAAAGACUGUAGCAGCAUUAUGGCCUUAUCAUGGCAAACAAGGUCAGAAGUGGCUCCGAGCCUUCCUCUGACAGACGGGGAAAUUACUGAAGUACAGAGCGUUAGUCAAGCCCACGUUAAGCAUAAACAAUUUUCCUCUUCGUCCAGCAGGGAUUUUCCUGACGGUAAAGUACAGCGGCCUUGCUCCAAUGUGUCAGACAGAGCGUCCGGUGGUAUAAUUUCGCAGAGAACAGAGCUGUACAACAGACAGUGUCACCAUCCUCUGCAAUCGGACUCCUGUUUACCUCACAGCACCUUUGUUUAUCCUGUAAUGGUGGAGGAGUUAUCAGAGGAUAUCGAUGGUGAGCUUUUCUGUAAAGCAGCCAGUAAUUUGCAGUCCUACAGGCAGUGUGGUAAAAGCAGAGCAGGGGCUCAUAGGGAGGGAAUGCGUCGUGCAGGGAGUCAGCUAAACGCAGGUGGGUCUAGAGAUGAACUGGCCGCCCUCAGUGAAACCUCAGUGCCCCGUGGCUUGCAUCAAACUCCCAGAGCCGACCUUUGAUUGAACGGCUUUUACUCAUUCCGUUAAUAUCCCAUGUGUAUGUGCCAAUGAGUGCUUUUAUGUUACAUCCAAAGGAGUAACGGUUGCUUCAUUUUUACAACUGAUUCCUAGUUGCAAACUGUGAUAGACGGGACACCAAUUUGAAUUUUUACUUCGUCUGUGCCAUCGUGCUGCGUCAACUACAGCGCUGUCGAGGGAAAGUCAAACGGGAUUUUCUUCACUUGCACAGUAACGGUAGUUUGCUUCACACAGAUCAUACCUGCAGUUGACUGCAGGAUACUAGAAGGGAUUAUUUAUUUUUUUGCAUUUUUAAAUGGUCACAGAUUCAUCUCAUCAAACUGUUUUUAAUAAUAUUAAGAGACAGUUUUUUUUACAUGUAGCCUCCAGGUCUGAGGUACACGUUGCUUACAAAGCUAUUCAUUAGCCCCGGUUUCCAUAGCACAGGCAGCUGCCUCUAAACACAUGUAAAGUAUGCGUUUGCUUUAAGUGCCAGCUGAUGUUUGUGUUUACUGCUUUUUUUCAUGGCCUCUCUUUGCUGCAGUAACGCCGGGUUCACACCGGACGCG